GGCUGCUCCUCUAGAAAUUGAUGCGCGCGCGCUCAGUGCUCCAUGUUUCUAAACAUGGCAGGUCGCAGUGGUUUCGACGAUGGAAAUCCUAGGGACUUCGGCGGAGGCCGAAGGACAGCGGGCGGGCGCCCGCUUCCCACCGAGCCACCAUACAAGGCAUACGUUGGAAACUUACCCGGUGAUAUCAUUCAAGGAGAUAUUAACAGAAUUUUUCCCAAUCUAUCCAUUAAAAAUGUACGAUUGGUGAUGGAUAAAGAAACAGACAGAUUCAAAGGGUUCUGCUAUGUAGAAUUUGAAUACCUCGACGACUUGAUCAAAGCCAUUGAAAUGAAUGGUCUUCUCAAUGUGGACGGAAAUUACAUAAAAAUUGAUGUAGCAGAAGAAAAACGAAAUGACCGAGGGGGCGGCUUCGACCGCGGGCGACGGGACGGCGGGCGCGGGCGGGACGGCGGCGGGCGGGACGGCUUCCGGCGGGACGGCGGCGGCGGCGGCGGCCGCGGUACGUACGACCACUUCGACGCCGAGCGCCGCGCGCCCCGCCACCAGGGUGGAGGGUUCCCUCAUGAUCGCGAGCGAGGCGGGGGCGGCGGCGGCGGCGGCAACGACCGGUGGGGCGGCGACGUGCGCGCCGACUCGCGCAGCUCGCGCGGGCCGUCGGAGGAGCCGCGCGCGCAGGACUGGGGCCGCAUGGGCGCGCGCCCCGCGCCGCAGGGCGCCGGCGGCCGGCCCGGCGGCGGCGGCGGCGGUGGCGCUGGCGCUGGCGGUGGCGGCGGCGCCCCGCCCAGGCGCAACUUUGAUGAUAUGCCCAAUUCCCGCCCGGAUACAACAGGCAGACCAAAGCUGAAGCUGCAGCCGCGAACGGUGACGGAGCCGGUGAACUCGCUGGCGUCCACGUCGCAGGCGUCGUCCAUCUUCGGCGGCGCGCGGCCCCGCGAGGAGCGGCUCAAGGAGCUCUCCAACGAGUAGCGUGUCGCUGUCUGUGUCCCCUCCAUGUCCACUGGUGCGGCCGCUCGCGCCCGACACCAAUGGAAUGACCGAGCGAAUCAACACAUCCCUCAAUGAAAACCGAAACGGUCAAUCAAGGUUCCGUUCGUUCCAUUCGUGCCGGCGACCGCGGACCUGUACUCGUAUGUGCGCCCCUACUCAGUGCCCAGAUAUGAACUGGAAGGCUUUCGUUAGGUUACGAGGUUGUAAAUCAUUUUUAUCAUAUAUUUUGUUAGCUUUAUUAUCUAUCAUUAAUGAGCUUAUAUUAGACCCCGCGCUCAUUUUAGAGCGCGCGACCGUCAUUCGCAGUAUUUAAAUUGCUAGUGCCGAAUGUCUUUUAAAUUCUCCGGGCUUGUUUGUACGAUAAACUAUGGCUUGCAUAAUAUUUUUUUAAUUUGAAGGAAAACUUCUUGUUCGUUUGUUAACUAAUUGAUUUAGUUAUAUUAUGUAAUUGAUAUAUAUUCGUUUCUCAAAUGUGGCGAUCUACAUCGUGGAUUCACUGUUGUACUUGUUUAUCCAUUGUUUAGUCGGUUAGGUCACGAAAAUUUAAUCACGGAAUGAGUAAUUAUGAAAAUAGUUUAAGAGCUGAUGUAAUUACGGUUUCAUUAAUAAAAUUAACUUCCACGUACUGGGAUUUCUACUUUAUUAGAUAUUUAUGUAAUGUCGAUAAGCUACGUGGCAAAUAAAUAAAAAAAAAUCGCAAAAUUGUAACGGAUUAUAGAAAAAUAAAUAAAAAGUGAUUCUUUGUAA